AUUUCGUUCCCUUCUUGUAAGGAACUGAUACAAUGAGGAUGGGCUGUGGUAGAAGCAAGAAAAUUGUGAGUGAACCAACGUCAGAUUGUAUCGUAAAUCCAACUUUGCUACCCGAAGGGUCACGUGAAACUCGCUGGAGUGAACACAGGAAUAAUGUAAAACGGAAACUUACAGAGAAGGGAGUUCGAGGCGGGAAAUUUAGAGCCAGAUUCGAUGUACGAGUUACUGAAAAAUAUGAAAUCAUGGCGCUGAUUGGAAAAGGCGCCUUCAGUAGAGUUGUUCGAGUGCAACACAAGGUCACCAAACAACCUUAUGCCAUCAAGAUGAUGAAGGUUAGAGAAGGGAAAAAAGCUUUUGAAUCUGAACUUGCUGUCUUGAGAAAGGUUCAUCAUGCCUAUGUGGUGCGUCUUUAUGAAGUGUUUGAGUGUAGUAAUAAAGUUUACCUAGUAAUGGAGUUGGCAACUGGAGGCGAACUGUUCGAUCGAAUAGUCAGCCGAGGAUGUUUUACUGAGCAGGACGGGACGUAUGUCCUGUACAUGGUUCUAGAGGGAGUCCGAUACCUUCAUUCUUUAGGUAUUACACAUCGGGAUCUUAAACCAGAGAAUUUGCUCUAUUAUCACCCUGGGAAUGACUCUAAGAUCAUGAUAACUGAUUUUGGGUUGUCGAAGUUGAGGAAAAAUCCAGACGACAGUACUAUGGAUACGACGUGCGGUACACCAGACUAUAUUGCACCUGAAAUUUUGAUGAGGAGAUCUUAUACGAACGCUGUCGAUAUGUGGUCUAUUGGAGUGAUCUCAUAUGUUUUACUUUGCGGUGCUCUGCCCUUUGCCGACGAUAAUAAUACGCGCCUCUAUAGGGCAAUUGUGGAGGCGAAAUACAGCUACAAGUGUGAGCCAUGGAGUGAUGUGUCUGACAUGGCAAAAGAAUUCAUCGAUAAGCUAUUAGUUGUAGAACCAGAAAAAAGAAUGACUUCAGAGGAAGCACUUCAACACCCAUGGAUAAAAUCAUUUGCAGCUUCCUCAAGCUUUAAAAAUCUCCAUGGCUCUAUUAGUUCAAACUGGCUGAAGUCAUCAUCGAGGCUCAAUAGUGCAAACUCAAAUCAGUCAAAGAGAUCUAGCAGGUCUACAAGAUCAGGGAAGUCAGUUCUUUCAAGGCACCACAAAACAAUACCAUCACAGACGUCAACAAUACAACAUCAUGCCGAGAAGAGAAUGAAGUCAUCAAAAGAAGCUAGUAGGUCAACAAGGAACUCAAACGUAAAGUUAACAAAACAGCUAGUAGAAAAACUUCAAUCUGUUGCUCAAGAAGCUAACGCAGAGCUUCCAUUGAAAGUAGAGAGCACUGAAAAGCAGCCAAGUACUAGACCUGUUGGACAAAAUGUCAAUUGCCAAAUGUCAACAUCAAGCCAUAUGAAACUCAAAGAUCCUACAGAAAAGGAUGACUUUGUGUUGCAAACUAUUGAUGAGCCAAUGCCUGAAGCUGAAGAAGCAAAGUACUUGACAGCAUUUCCACCACUAUCACAAAUGAAUUAUAGAAGAAAUAUCAUCCAAAAUUCAUUUCAGUUUGCCGAAAUAAGAAAUUCAAGAUUGAGUAAUUUCUCAGAAGUUGAUGAGGAUGUGUUGAACGGAGGGGGCAGAUCUGAUGCAAUUAGUGGCACAAUGUUUCCAGCGUUCCAUCCACCAAGGCAAACAAAUAACUUCCUUGAUGGUCCUGUGACACCUAGGCCUUUUGCUAUGGACAUAGAUUACUCAAAUGAAGCUAAUCAUGGAUCUUUGAAUUCCAUGCCUGCUGCCAAUUUAACCGUUCCUACAAGGCCUAGGACGAUUAUGUCACCACGUGCUAAAAGAAAUAAAGUCUCCUGCAGUUUUACAGAUUCUAGUACUACUUGAGUAAGGGAUGAGGUAAGUGCUAACUUCAUUAUAACAUCGCUGAUGAAAAUGAAUCUACUCAAUAGGCCACGUUUGAGAUAUUAAAAUUCCAGCAUGAUGCCGAGGCUGAGGCCGGCAUUUCCAGAAUAAAAUGUUACAAAUUGCAUCACACCUCAAAAAUGUAUCAGUAGAUGUAGUGUUAUAGAUUCAGUUACUGCUUUUUACAUUAAAGUGCACAUUGUUUUCCUCUUUCUUUGAGGCAUGACAACAGUAUGUUCCUAACGUCUGAACAGCAGGUAUUCGCAGGUAAUUUUUGACCUUUCUAGGGGCAACUGUUUAAUUUUUGGCGAUUCGACUUCACAUUCCUGAAGUCUCUUCCAUACAUUCCUGAGCUAAAUAGCGGCUAAUUAGCUUGCUUUGAACAUAGUUAAUUUAUUAUCUAUGCUUUGAAGUAACAUUCAAAUUAGACUGUUACUUUGAAGCCAAUUAGCCACUUAACAUCAGAAAUGUAUGUGCAGAAACACACUAAUGCUUUGGCGCAAAGAAAGAAAAAGUGCAUGGUGCACACUCUAAUGCAAAUAGCAGUAUAAUAUCGUUCAGUAGUGAACUGUGCCUUUUUUCUCUUGCCUUAAGGUAGGAAUGUAGUAUUUGGUACUUUUUUUUAAUUCCUACAGAUAGAUGUAUUUGGGGAUCCAUAUGUACGCUUAAUACUGUACAUGAAGUACCAUAUUGCUAAACCUCGCUAUCGAGUCUGAAUUUUAAGCCUUGAAUGUGGCCUAUUAAGAGAUUUCCAACCUCCAAUCAAAUACUUUGUAGUGCAAAUUAUUAAAUCCAUUUUUUCUAAUUCUAUUUUAUUCCCAUAAACUGUAUAUAAGUAUUAUAAAUCAUAUGUCAUUCACAUAUCAUAAAGUUGACUUGCAGUACUAUGCAAGUUUCUUCAAAAACAAACUAUAUUUACUCAUUUUUCUAAUAAUAGGAACUAGCUAUUUUUUCAUGUGGGAAAGGGGCCAGCUAGUAGUUUAUAAUGGAGCAAUUAUUUAGUGGUCUACAUGUGAGAAAAAACUCCAAUUUUUUACUUAAAUAUGGCUCAGCUUAAUAUUCAAAUACACCAGUUUCCCAUUCGAUGCAUACCACUGUCUUUGAAGACCACAGACUCAUCUGCACAGGUUUAGCCUUGUUUAUAAGUCAGCUAUUCACAGAUACCAUUAAAAAUCUGAAGGAUUUUAAAACCUUGGUAUUGUUCAAGCUGCACAUUAUUAGUAUCACAGUUGACUUUUGCAAAUGAUCUCUUAAAGGCCUGUUUACACUAGCAAAUUUUGCAUUGCAAUUACAGCACCUCCGUGUUUACGAAACAGUGCAAAAUUGUUUCUGUGAAAAAUCAGCGUGAUAAUUUCAACCAUGUUCGAAAUCGCUGUGAUCAUUGCGCGAGAAUCGCCGCCAGAAUCGCAGGCCGUUUACACAGGUGAAUUUAGCGUGCAACUUGGUCGUGCAAAAUUUGCUAGUGUAAACAGGCCUUAAGAAAGGCUAAGCCUGUGUAAUAUGAAUCUUGAAUCAAAAUUGGUGUGCAGCAUGUGCAAGUGAAGUCAUUGAUUUGUCACAAACUUGACACCUCAAGACAAGAAACCUUGAUUGCAUGACCACUUUGAGCAAGCAUUGAUGAGCAUCCAUAAGGUUUUUGUGUAGAUAGCUCCAAUAUAUGAGAAAAAACAAAAUCGAUGUGCAGCACAUGCAAGUGAAAAUUGCUGUAACCUACAAUUUCUAAUUACACUUUUUGAAAUACUAGUUGCUCGCUUAUACACUUAAAUAGCCCUAUCGUGGUGAAUAAAUGGCUAGCGUCCUAUUCCCAUAUGUAUUACCUUUUUUAUGUACUUAUCUUCUUAAAGGAGAGAUAUAAACUUCCUGUUAGUUUAUGAAUAUCUGUAAUAGAUGAUAGCUACUAGAUGUAGCUUGCAUAAUUUGUAAAAUUGCUAUUUGUUUAUUAUUAUUAUACAAGUUUAAACAAUUCAACAAAAAGUCUGAAACAGGCUGUAUUUUAACUAUACUUUUUAAGACAAUUAUUCUAUAUUACAUAUGUACUCUUUUCACCAUUCAUUCAAAUAGAGAUAAAAGGAAUCCUUGAAAAAUGCCUAUACCACCUAAUUCAAUAUUUUCAGUAUUGAUUCUACAUAAAGUGAAAGUAAGUAAAUUGUAAAAUAUUUUCAUAUGAUUUGAGUGAUGCAUUUUGGAGAUAUCGAGGUUUAUACUUCCAAUAUGUUAAUGAGUGUGAUGUCAUAGGAGGCAUUUGAGUUUGUCAUCAUUUGUAAAUUCAAACAAUGAUCAUUAGAGUGCAUGCAGUAAAACCAUGAAAUAAAAACAAAGUUGAUACUGAGAAAUAGUAGCUAUUUAGUGACGAAUAGUUGCUAGCACUCAACUGAACAUUUAGGCCCCAUCCACACAUAUCCGGAAAUUUUUGUAUCCGUAAUUUUUUUUACGGAUACACAAAUUUAACGAAAACAGAUACGUGUGGACUAUGAAAACGAUUCGAAUACACUGCGUGUGGACGCAAACAUUUUCGUAUCCGCAAAAAAUAAUUUGCGGAUACAAAAAUUUCCAGAUACGUGUGGACGGGGCCUAAAUUAA